GGUGAGAGAGCAAACAACAAACGGCGACGGAGAGAGAGGCUGUGGCCUUGCGCUACUGCUGCUGGGCUGCCGCAUCCACGCCCGCAGAAGAGCUGCGCUUGCAAGCUAUCAUCGACCCCUGCAGAUCUUGGGCCCAUUCCGACGUUGCAGCCGUUCCUGUGUCCCUCCACCUCUCUGUGUGCCACUCACUAUGAGUGUACGGCUGCUGCUUCCGUUGGUCGGUUCUCUUCUGCUGCGGCAGGCGGCUGCCCAUGCAGGCCAUCUACACGCGGGAGGCUCGGAAGAGGGAGAGACCUUCGGGCUGGGGUCUGCAGCAGCAGCAGCAGCAGCAGGGAGUGGGGGUGGUGGUGGUGCGCAGCUGCAACAGGAACAGAUGACUCAGCCGUGGUACGGCUUGGCUUUUGGGGUGGUGGUAGUGUCGGCCUUGUCGCAUCUCGUUGGCCUGCUCUUUGUCUUCGUCCCGCACAUCCGACAGGUGGGCAGUGGGGAGGGAGGAAACAUGGAUACGGGUGGAUUGGCUCAACUGACAUGGAUACGGGCGGAUUGGCUCAACUGACAGUGAUGCAAGUGUUUGUGUUGUGUAUGCAGGCCUACUUUGACAAGUCUCGGGCGUCGUCGGCGGCAAUCUGCUGCCUCCUGGGCGGCUGUGGGGGCAUAUUGCUGCAGCUGGGCAUUACCCUCUUCGCCGACUCCAGCUCCAUCUUCGAUAAGGCCGUCAGCAGCAACGGCAGCGCCUUCGCCACCUUGUCCUUCUUCGCCGGCAUGGCUGUGGUCGCCCUCUGUGACGUGAUAGUGCUCUGCUUCACUGCGAGGAGGCGGGGCUCUCAGCAGCGAAGGAGGGCUCAGGAGGCCGGGGAGGGGUACAAGCCCACCGCUUCCAUCUCUAGGGAUGUGACGACGGCCAACGGUUGCAGCAACGACGGACCGUCAUGCCCUGGUGUGCCGAUGAAGGACCGACUGCAACCGGGGAGCAACGGUGAUGUGGAGACGGGCAGGAAUGAUGCAGCAGCAGCAGCAGACGAAGAGGGCUUCUCAGCCGUGCCGACGAUGGAGGCGAGGACCGAUGUGACAACAGAUGGGUCGGUCACGCCGCCAGCCAAGGCGGCGAGUGACGGUGCCAUUGACCGCCUCGCUCGAGCGGGCAUCAUCGCCAGCAUCUCGGUGGCCUUGCACAACCUUGCAGAGGUCAGUCAGCUCAGCCACAGCCGUGUCCUUCAUGGCGAUGCUCUGAUGCAUCUGUGUGUACUUGUGUGGCCAUACAGGGCAUAGCGGUGUUCCUGUCAACGGCGCUCUCCCCGUCGCUAGGGGCUGCCCUGGCCGUCGGCAUGAUCAUCCACAACGUUCUGGAAGGCUUUGCAGUGGCGGCCCCCAUCUACGUGUCGUCAGGUCUCCGCAAGGCCCUCCUGGUCAGCACCGUGCCCGUCGUCACGGAGAUCGCGGCCGCCGCGAUUGCCUACGGCGUGCUCAUGGCCCUGGGAGCGGACGUGCAGGUGCCUCUGAGUCUGUACGGCGCCCUGUUUGCGAUUGCUGCGGGGAUGCUGGCGUACAUCGCUCUUGCGCACAUGCUGCCAGCGUCCCUGAAGCUGGCCAACUCGGCGGGCGCGAGGGAGAGUGCCGAGAGGUGGUGCAUCGGGGGCCUGAUAGUGGGGAUGCUUGCGCUGUCACUGGUGGUGCUCGCCAUCGACAGCUAGAUAAACAGCGGUCGGAGAGAGGCGUGGCUUGUCUAAGACACUGAGUGUAUUGCGUGUGGGUGGGUGGCUGCGUGGAUGGGAUGGGGCGAUCUGUAUGUGUCGUUUGUCAAGUGAGACCGUGACUGACUUGACAGAGUCGGCCGGGGCGGGGCCUGUCUGUAUGUCGGUCUGCCUGUCUGUGUGUCUGUGUGUAUGCCUGUGUGUCUGUAUGUCUGUAUGUAUGCCUGUCUGCGCGGACUCUCAUUCAUCUGCAUCGUACGUAUCGCUAUGUAUCGCUUCUUAAUUGCUUCUUCCAUCCACUGGGGCGUCUCGUUUUUGGUUCUUCCUUCGUGUGAUGAUGAUGGGUGUGGUGUGUGUCGAGCGACCGACACACUGGGGGCUGAGCGUUGGCCGUCGGAACGGCAUUGCGGGGCGCGGUGAUGCCACCGAGAUAUUGGUGUGUGUGAAUGGUUGGUUGCGUUUUGGCUGCGUGUGUGUGGGGCGGGCUGGGCUGGGCUGGUGAGACAGACGGUCGGUCGUAUGUGUUCAUUCGCAUCUGAGCGGAUCGGAUGGACAGACAGUACAAAGAUAUUUAUUUAUUUAUCGUUCGUAUGAACGUACCUACAGCAUUG